GAAGAUUCUAGCGUAACGCAAUAUCUUGAUUUCUUCUGGAGCAAAAUCUUGAUUUUUGUCAAAGUGUCCUGUAAUUUGCAGGAGCUGGAUGGAAUCAGGAAAAGCUAUGGACGAGAGCUCAAGCCCACAAGUUAGUCUUCCUCCAAGGGAUGAAUCUCAAGUGGGCGAUUGCGAUCGCCACAGUGGCUGCCGCUACAUUCUUCGAGCUCCUUCGCAACUUCAAUAGAUUCUGGUAUGAACCAAAGCUCAAGCCCGGCCAAGCUCCACUUCCUCCAGGCUCUCUCGGAUGGCCAAUCUUUGGAAACAUGGCAUCGUUCCUUCGGGCUUUCAAGUCCCACAAUCCAGACUCUUUCAUCACCAAUUAUCUCCACAAGUACGAUCGAACAGGAGUCUACAAAGCUUUUCUCUUUUGGCAGCCAACAGUGCUGGCGACUACUCCAGAGACAUGCAAAGUGGUUCUUUCGAGGGAUUCUUUGUUUGAGACUGGAUGGCCGAGCAGCACAAGGAGACUUAUCGGCACGCGAUCUUUCGCUGGAGUUACCGGCGAGGAGCACUUGAAACUUCGCAGGCUCACGGAGCCAGCGCUCAGUAAUCCCAAGGCUCUCGAGGAUUACAUCCCUCGCAUGUCCAGCAACAUAAAGAGCUGCCUGGAAGAGUGGUCGUGUCAGGAAAGAACUCUCUUGCUCAAGGAGAUGAGAAAGUACGCGUUUCGUACCAUUCAUGAUAUUCUUUUCAGCAAAGAUUCGGGCCUGGACGUGGAAGAAGUUUCAUCUAUUUACUAUGAAGUGAACCAAGGAAUACGUUCUCUACCGAUCAACUUGCCAGGAACUUCGUACAAUCGAGCUCUUAAGGCUCGCAAGAAACUCGAUGUACUGCUUCACCGAGUUCUCAACAAGAGAAGAUUUUCGGAGAAACCUGAGAAAACAGACACACUUUCGCUGCUUAUGGAUGCCACUGACGAGAACGGGAAGCAUUUGGACGACAAGCAAAUUGUAGAUUUGCUAGUGAUGUAUUUAAAUGCGGGGCACGAUUCGACUGCUCAUCUCAUACUGUGGCUACUGAUUUUCCUACUCAAGCACGAAAUUGUCUAUGACAAAGUUAAGGAAGAACAAGAGCUCAUCGCGUCUCAAAGACCUGUUGGAGAGUCGCUCUCUCUAUCGGACGUGAAAAAGAUGUCAUAUCUUUCAAGAGUGAUCAAUGAAACCUUGCGAGUGGCUAACAUAUCUCCAAUGGUUUUCAGAAGAGCUGUGACUGAUGUUGAAGUUAAUGGCUUUACAAUUCCUAAAGGCUGGUAUGUGGAGCCUUGGUUGAGACAAGUUCAUAUGGAUCCUGCCGUGCACUCCAAUCCUCAAAACUUUGAUCCGGAUCGAUGGGCUAGAAAUGAAGUUCGUCCAUUCACGCACUUACCAUUUGGACUUGGAAGUCGAACAUGCCCAGGGAACGAACUCGCGAAGCUCGAAGCAUGCAUUAUAGUCCACCAUUUGGUGCUCGGCUACGACAUGAAACCGCUGAAUCCAGAUUGCGAAGUAACUUUCCUGCCGCAUCCAAGGCCCAAAGACUACUUUCCAGUUCAAGUUCGCAGACGUAGAUAAAUCGGUGAUCACAUCACGCAAUCGAAGGACAGAUGAAGACUCGAAGGACAGGUGAAGAUGUUUACUCUCGAGAAGCAAUCGUUAUAAGGAAAGAUAUUUGGAAGAUAAUGCAGAAAAAUCUCUUUUUUA